AUGCUGACCGUCAUUAGCGCGUCUGUGGCCCCACGGACAGGGGCUGAGCCCAGGUCUCCGGAGCCAAUCCCCCAGGCAGCCCAGGGCAAGGGCACCGAGGCCGGCGGCGGAAACCCAAGUGGCAUCUACUCAGCCAUCAUCAGCCGAAAUUUUCCCAUUAUCGGGGUGAAAGAGAAGACAUUUGAGCAUCUUCACAAGAAAUGUCUAGAAAAGAAGGUUCUUUAUGUGGAUCCUGAGUUCCCACCGGAUGAGACCUCUCUCUUUUAUAGCCAGAAGUUCCCCAUCCAGUUCAUCUGGAAGAGACCUCCGGAAAUUUGUGAGAAUCCUCGAUUUAUCGUUGGUGGAGCCAACAGAACUGACAUCUGUCAAGGAGAUCUAGGGGACUGCUGGUUUCUCGCAGCCAUCGCUUGCCUGACCCUGAACAAGCGACUGCUUUUCCGGGUCAUACCCCAUGAUCAGAGUUUCACCGAAAACUACGCGGGGAUCUUUCACUUCCAGUUCUGGCGCUAUGGAGACUGGGUGGACGUGGUUAUUGAUGACUGCCUGCCAACUUACAACAAUGAACUGGUUUUCACCAAAUCCAACCACCACAAUGAGUUCUGGAGCGCUCUGCUGGAGAAGGCUUAUGCUAAGCUCCAUGGUUCAUAUGAAGCCCUGAAAGGUGGGAACACUACAGAGGCCAUGGAGGACUUCACAGGAGGAGUAACGGAGUUUUUUGAAAUCAAGGAUGCUCCCAGAGACAUGUACAAGAUCAUGAAGAAAGCCAUCGAGAGGGGCUCCCUCAUGGGCUGCUCCAUUGAUGAUGGCACAAACAUGACCUAUGGAACCUCUCCUUCUGGUCUGAACAUGAGGGACUUGAUUGAGCGGAUGGUGAGGAAUAUGAAUAACUCGGAUCUCAGGGAUUCAGACCUCAUCCCUGAGGGAUGCUCAGAUGACAGACCGACCCGGACGAUUGUUCCAGUUCAGUACGAGACAAGAAUGGCCUGCGGGCUGGUCAAAGGCCACGCCUACUCAGUCACUGGGCUGGAGGAGGCCCUGUACAAGGGUGAGAAAGUGAAGCUGGUGCGGCUGCGGAACCCCUGGGGCCAGGUGGAGUGGAAUGGCUCCUGGAGUGACAGUUGGAAGAACUGGAGCUUUGUGGACAAGAACGAGAAGGCCCGUCUGCAACACCAGGUCACGGAGGAUGGAGAGUUCUGGAUGUCCUAUGACGAUUUCAUCUACCAUUUCACAAAGCUGGAGAUCUGCAACCUCACAGCUGAUGCCCUGGAGUCCGACAGGCUUCAGACUUGGACAGUGUCCGUGAACGAGGGCCGCUGGGUGAGGGGCUGCUCUGCUGGAGGCUGCCGCAACUUCCCAGACACUUUCUGGACCAACCCUCAGUACCGUCUGAAGCUCCUGGAGGAGGACGACGACCCUGACGAGUCCGAGGUGAUCUGCAGCUUCCUGGUGGCUCUGAUGCAGAAGAACCGGCGGAAGGACCGGAAGCUGGGGGCCAACCUCUUCACCAUCGGCUUCGCCAUCUACGAGGUUCCCAAAGAGAUGCACGGGAACAAGCAGCACCUGCAGAAGGACUUCUUCCUGUACAACGCCUCCAAGGCCAGGAGCAAAACCUACAUCAACAUGCGGGAGGUGUCUGAGCGCUUCCGCCUGCCUCCCAGCGAGUACGUCAUUGUGCCCUCCACCUAUGAGCCCCACCAGGAGGGGGAAUUCAUCCUCCGGGUCUUCUCUGAGAAGAGGAACCUCUCUGAGGGAGUUGAGAAUACAAUCUCCGUGGAUCGGCCAGUGAAGAAGAAAAAAACCAAGCCUAUCAUCUUCGUUUCAGACAGAGCAAACAGCAACAAGGAGCUGGGUGUGGACCAGGAAUCAGAGGAGGGCAAAGACAAAACAAGCCCUGAUAAGCAAGCAAAAUCCCCACAGUCAGAGCCUGGCAGCGCCGACCAGGGAAGUGAGGAACAGCAGCAAUUCUGGAACAUUUUCAGGCAGAUAGCAGGCGAUGACAUGGAGAUCUGUGCAGAUGAGCUCAAGAAUAUCCUUAACAGAGUUGUGAACAAACAUAAGGAUCUGAAGACCCAAGGCUUCACGCUGGAGUCCUGCCGUAGUAUGAUUGCUCUCAUGGACACAGACGGCUCUGGGAGACUGAACCUACAAGAGUUCCAUCACCUCUGGAAGAAGAUUAAGGCCUGGCAGAAAAUUUUCAAGCACUACGACACAGACCAAUCCGGCACCAUCAACAGCUACGAGAUGCGAAAUGCAGUCAAUGACGCAGGCUUCCACCUCAACAACCAGCUCUACGACAUCAUCACCAUGCGCUAUGCAGACAGGUCCAUGAACAUCGACUUCGACAGCUUCAUCUGCUGCCUCCUCAGGCUGGAGGGCAUGUUCAGAGCUUUUCAUGCAUUUGACAAGGAUGGUGACGGUAUCAUCAAACUCAACGUUCUAGAGUGGCUGCAGCUCACCAUGUAUGCCUGA